UUGUAUUUUCGCUUUCCAGAUCAACCCAACGACGUGCCCCAAUCGGUGUCUCUCUCUGUAUCUAUACGUGCGUAUACACACCGAGAAAUGGCUAUGAGUCUAGUACCUUUCCAGUCGAUCGCCGUCCGCGGAAGCGCCGCCCGCGGGCACCGAAAGCCGGAAACUCGUCGCGGUUCGCCGUCCUGCUGGUGGACGCCGCUCUUCGGCUGGUCUUCCGAGCCUGACUACAUCCACUCCGAGGGCAACGGCAAGGCCAAGGGCGAGUCGGACUCGAAUCUGGACCCCAAGCCGGCCCGAUCGCGGUUCGCUCCGGGCGGUUUCACCGAGGAGAAGGCCAGGCGGCUCCGGAUGAUGACGACCGACACGGCGUCGAUUCACGACCCGAUGUAUCACUCUGCGAUCGCCUCCCGGCUGGCCUCCGACUUCUCGAACCUGUCCGGCCGGUGACCUUUGUUCGGAGAAGAUGUAUGAUUGUAGGUUCGGUUACGUAUAUUAUACGGUAAAGCGCGUAUAUCGAUAUAUAUAUGUAUAUAUGUAUGUAUGUGUGUAUGUAUGUAUGCAUCGUUUUUGUGUAUAUUAGCUGAAUUGAUGAACUUAUUACUGUAAA